AUGCUUGCACUAUUCACUGUCUUCGAACAUUUAACCAAUGUUCGUCGUUUAUUAAAUCGAUUUCAUUUUUUUCAUACAUCACCAAUACGCUCAACAACAGUAGUUUCGACUAGAACAAAAUCUAACGAAGAUAUUUCGCCAAAUCUCAUCUCAAUUGAUACUGAUCAACAACGCGAUAUGUUACUUGGACCUAUUCUUAAUACUAUUCUUUCAGAUAAACGUAUAGAUAAUUUCGAUGAAGAAUUUCAUGACGAACUUCAAAAUCAAGGUUAUUUAGCUCGUGAACUUGACGCAUGUCUUCUUGAAAUGCGUGAAAUUGAACGUGAUAUAUUGAAAUUAAAACAACGGCAAUGUUAUUUUUAUGAACGUUAUUUAGAUUUUAUCGAUAAAAAAGAUGAUCUUAUUGAAAAAUUCGUUGAAUAUUAUGAUCAAUAUUCAAUAAAUAAUCAAGUUCAAUCACCAACAAAACAUUCACGAAAACAAUCAUCUAAUAAAUACGAAUUCAAUGUACCGGUAUCAAAUCGUUUUGCAUUAUUAAAACGCCAACAUACACAAGAUAUGCAAUAG